UGUGUGUGUGUUUUCACAGGGCCUCCAGGAAAGCGUGGACGGAUGGGAAGAAGAGGGGAAGCCGGCCUGCCUGGCAAGGCUGGACGGGAUGGAUACCCGGGUCCUCUUGGCUUGGAUGGGAAACCAGGUUCUCCGGGUCCUAAGGGAAGCCAGGGACCAGCCGGACCCAAGGGAGAUAAGGGUGACCAAGGAGACGUUGGGCCAAGGGGUCCUUCUAACUACAGCCCAUAUGCAGGUCUGCACAGUAAUCAGAUUCUCACCGUCAAGGGUGACCAAGGCCAGGCUGGCGCCGCUGGUCCUCCCGGUCCUCCGGGCCCCCCCGGCCCCAGAGGCCCCCCUGGAAACACAGGCAAGGAUGGUCCACGUGGCCCUGCUGGAGAGUCGUGUGCUGUGGCUUACCUAAAAGAUCCCAGAAUAGCAACUAUACUCCUGGACUCAUCUGUUUUCUGUAAGAAAGCGACCACAAGUUCUCCAACACACCCCGAUUCUCCCACCCUCCUACCACGACUGUGUCGCUGUGCACCCCUGAAACAGAUACGGCUCUGUGGCGGCGAGUUCAUG